AUGUACAAGGCCUUCACUGGUGGCGACAAUAUGAUGGACGGCCGCCAAUUCGCCAAGCUAUGCAAAGACUGUCAAAUCGUCGAGAAAGGGAGUCUCAGCGUGAACGAUAUUGACAUUAUUUUCGCCAAAGUACGCUCUCGAGGCGAACGCAAGAUCGAAUUCGGCCAAUUCAUGGAAGCCCUACAGGAGGUGGCUGAUCGUCUUGAUAAGCCUAUCUCCUGGGCUAAAGAAAAGGUGGUUGAAUGCGAUGGUCCGACUAUUAGGACUAGUGUCGGGCCCUCGACCGCCCUGCCUCCCGCUAGGCCAAGCAUUGAUGCUGGUUCAGAUAGGAAAGUGUGGCGUAAUGGUGGGCCGCAAACUGUCGAUACUGGCGCUUCGAGCCAGAAGGCUGCACAGAAGGCUCCGGCAACUGAAGUGACCAAGAGGGCUAGUGGAAGCACCUCGACGCCCGCUGGCAAA